UUGAGGCUGAAGUAUGAGAAGGAGCGCUAUCCUGCUAAAAUUAAAGCAUCUCUUUUUCUUUAGCACAUUAUACAAUAGAGAUAGUGUUACCACAGCACAAUUGAAGAUAUUUAUUUAGAGUGUGCUUGUAAGUUCAGUAUUACCUGCGUGCAACAUUGGCAGUAAUAUACUGUAAAUUUUACAGUCAGUGUUCUUCAUUCUGGGAUUUUUGCACCUCCGGAUAAAGGGUUAAAGCAGAGAAAGAGAGAGAGAGAGAGAGAGGCAGGUGUCCUAGUACCAACCCCACGCUCAACCAGAUGUUUUUAAUCCUCUGUAGAUCUGCAGAGUAAUUCAUUACUGUCAUCUGCGCGUGAGGGCGAGUUCUGUGGUCUGGGCGAUCGCCUGUGUUUCUCCAGAAGUCUAAACUAUCAGACAGCAUUUUUUUUGGUGCUGCUUGGAAGCUCAGUUGUGGCUCAGCUGAUUCAAUAAAAUUAGGUUAGUAGCUUCUGAAAGCAACUCCUCAUCUCUGCUCUGCAACAUGUGGUGGAUGCUGUUUCCUCGCUGGAUCUGGUUCGUCUUGGGACACUUUUUGCUGCUGUUUGUGCACCGGCAAAGCGUGAGAGGCAUGACUUUGCAAGGAGUUGCGAAUUCCCACGCAGGGAUCUGUCCAAACGACAUGAACCCAAACCUGUGGGUUGAUGCAAUGAGCACCUGCAAACGGGAAUGCCAAACUGACCAGGAAUGUGAACCGCUUGAGAAGUGCUGCGCCAAUGUGUGCGGCAGCCGCAGCUGUGUGGCGGCGCGCUAUAUAGACACUACAGGCAAGAAAGGGCCCAUGGGAAUGCCAAAGGAGGCGUCCUGCGACCAGUUCAUGUGCACGCAGCAGGGCUCCGAGUGCGACAUCCGGGACGGCCAGCCGGUCUGCAAGUGCCGCGACCGCUGCGAGAGAGAGCCGCAGUUCACCUGCGCAUCCGACGGCAUGACUUACUAUAACAAGUGCUACAUGGAUGCAGAAGCGUGCUCUAAAGGCAUCUCAUUGUCUGUGGUGUCCUGCCGUUUCCAUCUCAGCUGGCCAAACCCCAGUCCGCUUCCCUCAGGAACCACAGCUUUACCAACAACCGCAUUGCAGAUCACCACUCCAGUACAAAUGCAGGCUCCUGUGAUCCUCAGCAGUCCAACACAGCAAUCGGCAUCGAUCGGAGACACUGUUAGCUUUCUCUGUGAUGUCGUAGGACAUCCCGUUCCUGAGAUAACCUGGCAGAAGCAGUCGGAGAGCGUGCAUAUGAAACCCAAUCAGGUGUACGGAAACGUGGUGGUCACUAACAUCGGUCAGCUCGUUAUUUACAAUGCACAGGUUCAGGAUUCAGGUAUUUACACGUGUACAGCUGCCAACGCCGGAGGAUCCGUUCAAGCAAACUUCCCACUCUCUGUUUCAAAACCAGAAGCUGUGGUUCAAGUCAACGCCUCCGCUGUUCCUGUUGACGAAUGCUUCAAGGCUCCCGACUCCGAUGAUUGUGGUGAAGAGAAGCUAAGUUGGUUUUUCGACCCGCAGAGAAACAGCUGCAACACCUUCACCUACAGAAACUGCAGCAGCAACCGCAAUCACUUCGACGAUUAUGAAUCGUGCAUGUCUUCGUGUCUGCUUAACAUCUCCGCUUCUUGCAUGCUUCCGAUUCAUAAGGGUCCAUGCAAAGCGUAUGAGCUUCGCUGGGCGUACAGCAGCACUCUACACCAGUGCAGGCUUUUCAUCUACGGCGGAUGCAAAGCCAACGAAAACAACUUCAAAUCCAAGCGCUCCUGCGAAGAUGCGUGCCCGUAUCCCAAGAAUCAUCAGUGCAAAGCGUGCAAACCUCGCUACAAGAUGGUGAGCAGCUUCUGCAGGAGUGAUUUUGUGAUUUUGGGGCGGAUGGUGGAUCUCACCGAGGAUCAGGACUCGGGGCGUGCGCUGGUCAUGGUGGAGGAGAUACUGAAAGAUGAGAAGAUGGGAUUGAAGUUUUUGGGGAGCGAGCUGCUGGAGGUGACUCUGCAGAACAUGGACUGGAGCUGUCCGUGUCCCAACGUGACCACGUCUGACGAGCAGAUCAUUUUCAUGGGGGACGUCCACAACGGGAUGGCCGUAUUACAGCCCGAUAGCUUCAUCGUCGUCUCUAGUGUUCGCCGUGUGCAAAAACUUCGAGAGGUGGUCAGUAAAAACACCUGUGACAUUCUCAAAGAGUUCGUGCAGUCGUGAAUCUUCUGAGAAAUCUGCACGGCAGAACAUGCGUUUGUCUUGUUUCUACUCCAAAUGUCUUCACGUUUUCAAAUCAAGAAGCACUUUUGGAGAAGCAAAUCAUCUAAAAUGAGUCAACAUUUAUUUAAGAUAAGCCUUCGGUGUCUCCAGAAUGUGUCUGUAAAGUUUCAGCUCAAAACACGCAUCAGAUUGUUUAUCAUGUAGAAUCUGCCCGUUUUGGUGUCUGAGUACAGUGCAGCCGUUUUCGUAGCCUGCGGCUUUAAAUGCAAAUCAAGGUUAUAAUCGUUUUGGACUUUUCAUUAGUUUUAGUUUCUAUUUCGU